UAGAUUCAAAGCUGAUAAAGCGACCUUAGCAGAUCCACCUGUAGGUGCCGUGAUCCCAAGAAGUGAAUCCAGAGCUCGUAAAGUGAAAAUGAUCUUUGCAGGUCCACCUCCUUGUGGCGCGAACCCAAAUGAUUUGCUUGGUUUCAAGGAAGAAGAAGGUUACGAGGCCAAUCGUGUCAACGUCGUUGAAUCGGAUCCAGAAUGGAGAUCAGGUGGAACAACAUUACAAGGCCAAAGCACACAACGGUUUAUCACGGCUGAACCAAUCAGAGUGGAUCCUUCAAAGAAGAUUGAGUUGGUUCUCAGGCUUGUGGCAAGAGAGGGAGAAGAAGGUCUCAAAUUCCCUGAAGGCAAGUGCACUCCGUUGUCAACUCUGAUUCCGCCAGCUGUCCAAGAGUAGAGCAUAGACUGGGUCGGUGUCUAUGCAAUGAUUGACUGUUAGAUAGCUUUAGAUAGAGUAACCUACAGAGUGACUACUGGAUUCACUUUGACGAAAUUAUGUCUAAACUGGAUAGUUGUGAAAAUAAACCACAUCGCGCUGAUUUUGUACGACCACCUGGUUAAGGACCGUUGAAAAUAAGUUGCAUGACUUAAGCUAGUCGUGGUCAAAAACAAACAAACAAACAGUGGAAAAGUUUGAAGCAUGUUUCUGCUAUUUUUUCUCUCUGACUCUCUGGUGUGGUUAUUUUAUUUUGUUAUCUGAAAAUAGUCAAAUCAGAGGAACGUGGAAGGAUUUCAUCAGUGUGCCUUUCGCUUUACAUGAAUGUUCAUCUAGUAAUUUUCCUAGAAAUGUGAUCGAAGAAAUGACUCGAAAAACUGAUGUAAAAAUAGCUCUCUUAUGGGCACAUUGGCAAAAUAGUCCUUAUAAUGAACGAGCCAGUUAGAAUACUAUAUAAGCGCCCUAUAGCUAUGGAUCACAGCGAAGAGGCACGCCGCGCGCUUAACUUCCAAUGUAUCAUCAGUGAUGUGAGGUUUGUGUUUUUCGAGAACAGCAUAGAGUAAAUUGAAACUGAGAAAUUUUGUUCGUUAUGUAUUAUAC